UCAUCUCUCUCUCUCUCUCUCUCUCUCUCUCUCUCUCUCUCUCUCUCUCAGCCAUGGCUUCUUCUUCGUCUUCUUCAUGGAACCUUCUCCGUUUCUUGAGCGCUGCUCUCAUGGUAUCGACAGCAAUGGCGGCUGUUCCACGAAGACCUGUGAACGUCCCCUUUGGCAGAAACUACAUGCCCACUUGGGCUUUUGACCACAUCAAGUACAUCAAUGGCGGUUCUGAAAUCCAGCUCGUCCUCGACAAAUACACCGGAACUGGGUUUCAAUCGAAAGGCUCCUACUUGUUCGGUCACUUCAGCAUGAAAAUAAAGCUGCCGCCUGGUGAUACGGCCGGAGUCGUCACUGCUUUCUAUCUGUCGUCGACGAACAACGAGCACGACGAGAUAGACUUCGAGUUUCUGGGGAACAGAACAGGGCAGCCUCCGAUACUGCAGACGAAUGUCUUCACCGGAGGGAAAGGAGACAGAGAGCAGCGUAUCUAUCUCUGGUUCGACCCUUCCCAAGCUUACCACACCUACUCCGUCCUCUGGAACAUGUAUCAGAUCGUGUUCUUUGUGGAUGACGUACCGAUCCGAGUGUUCAAGAACUGCAAGGAUUUAGGAGUCCGGUUCCCAUUCAAUCAACCGAUGAAGAUCUACUCGAGCCUCUGGAACGCCGACGAUUGGGCCACGAGGGGCGGUUUAGAGAAAACCAAUUGGGCGAACGCUCCGUUCAUCGCUCAGUACCAAGGGUUCCAUGUCGACGGAUGCCAGGCCUCGGUAGAGGCGAAAUUCUGCGCCACGCAGGGCCGGAUGUGGUGGGAUCAAAACGAAUUCCGCGAUCUCGAUGCGUACCAAUGGCGUCGGUUAAGUUGGGUGAGGCAGAAAUGGACAAUCUACAAUUAUUGUACCGACCGGUCCAGGAACCCGGUUAUGCCGCCUGAGUGUAAAAGGGACAGGGACGUGUGAGAGAGUUUGGUGAGAGAUCUCUUGGCGGAUGAUAAUGAUCUAUUGUUGUUGUUGAAGAGAUUUUAUUAUAUGUUUGCUUGUAUGUGAUGUUUUUAUGCUUAAUGUUGUAUGAUGUUUACUUAUGUUCAUCAUCAUGAUGAUGAUGAUGAUUGAUGAUGAUGGUGGGCAUAUUGUUUAUUCUUGAUUUUAUAUGAUAAUGAAAAAGCGAUGGUGAUGGGUGUAUAAUUUUAUUUUUUA